CAAAUCCCGCCUCUAGAUGGCAUCAAAGUUUUCCUCUUGCUAAAAUUCAUCAGCUCCUCAUCCACUGGUCUAGACGGGGAUUUGCUAUAUAUCUCCUCAAUACCUAAGCUUGGAUUCGGUAAAGACAAACACAUUGGUACGUACAAGCCAGUUUUCUUAUAUAAUUCGUUUGAAUUUGGCCUUGUGAAGUUCUUAAUGUUAGCACUGAUACUUGGAGAUGGGUCACUUGAUUGGUUGACGGAGUAUGAUCAAGAAGGAAUAUGCAAGGUAUUAUCUUUCGAACUUCACACUGAAACAUUCCAAGUAAUCUGCAACGCUCCAAUUCCCCUUGUAUUUUACGCUUCCAGAUGGCAACAUCAAGGCAUGGAGGAAAGUGCAUUCAAUAGAUCUUACCAAAAAUUUGGAUUG